AUGGACCCCUACCAGCGGCCGCCGGAUGGCAUUCGCACAGUCUACAAAAAGUACCAGAAGAUGAAGCCCUCUCAGCUAGAUCUAGAUGUCGAUAUCGUAGAUCUCUUGCCUUCAGAUUUAGAUCUAGAUCGGAACGCCAAGGUACGCGUCGUGAACGAGCUCGAUGCAGCACGUCUGACCGCCUCUUUCGGCGCUUUCGCCGGCGGUGACGUGCAUGCAUCAUCUGUGCGUGGUGGAAGUGUGCAAGGGAAGCUUGCCGUGUACGAGCAUCAAGACAUGCCAGGUCUCCAUAUCAUUCCGUCUCUUCUCCCAUCAGAGAUUCAACCUAUUCUACUCUCCAAACUGCUUCAUCGAGACCUCUCGCAUCCUCUUCACCUCACAAACAUCCAUACCCAUUACAACGUAGCCUACCCGCCCGGAAACGCUUCUUUCUUCUCCCUCUCACCCACUUCUCCUGAUGCUGUCGCACACCCCCUCGAUCCAUCCGUCCACCGUCCUCUCAAUGCCGCCCAACUGUUGAACAAGAAGAUGCGAUGGGUGACACUUGGCGGCCAGUACGACUGGACCCAGAAGAAGUAUCCUGAUGCUUCGCCGCCACCGUUCCCGUCGGAUAUCGGGCAGCUCUUGAACGGUGUGUUCUCAGACACGAAAGCCGAGGCAGCCAUCGUGAAUCUGUACUCGCCUGGGGAUACUCUCAGCGUGCAUCGCGAUGUAGCCGAGUCGAGCGCCACUGGACUGAUCAGCGUGAGCCUGGGUUGCGACGCCAUCUUCGUCAUUGGAACAACAUCUCCGUCAGGUACCAGUGCUGGCGGUGAUACGGUUGAAGAAAAGGUCAUUGUUUUGAGGCUCCGUUCAGGUAGUGCAGUGUACAUGAGUGGUUCAUCCCGCUUUGCAUGGCAUGGCGUGCCGCAAAUUGUCCCAGGGACAUGUCCAGACGCCCUGAAAAGCUGGCCUGCUGCCGCAAAUUCCCAGGAAGUGGAUGAGUAUGAGAAUUGGAGAGGCUGGAUGGAGGGCAAGAGGGUGAACCUGAACGUCAGGCAGAUGUGGGAUUGA